CUGUGGAGACACCUUCCUAUUUCGUGGUGUGAAGUUGAAGAGGGCGCCGCAUGAAUUACUGUCACAAAACACAAGCCAACAACAACUCAAGCCAGAGACUAGAAGACAAUUCUGGAAAUGGCUCAAGAGGACCAGAGUGAGACGUCACGACAAACAGCAGGCAGUGAUGGAGAGAAGGGGACAGAAAACCAGGCCUCUCCCUCUGUCAUUGAGAUUCAUGACUCUAUGACUGAAUGUGAGGAAGAAGCGAGGCCCAAUCUAGUGCCAAUAGUGGAGAAGGCUUUUGUAUCAAGUCUCCACUCUUUUAUGAAGGACAGAGGUACACCCAUAGAAAGGAUUCCACAUCUGGGCUUCAAGCAGAUUAAUCUUUGGAGGAUCUACAAAGCUGUUGAGAAACUUGGGGGCUAUGAUUCAGUGACGGCGCGGCGUCUUUGGAAGAAAGUGUAUGAUGAGCUGGGAGGAAGUCCAGGUAGCACCAGCGCUGCUACUUGCACUCGCAGACACUAUGAAAAGUUGGUGCUGCCCUUUGAAAGACACAUAAAAGGAGAGGAGGACAAACCUCUGCCUCUGAGCAAACCACGGAAGCCAUAUAAAAGAAACCUGGAUGGCAAGAUCACCAAGGCUGAGAGGAAGAGGAAAAGAACUCCGUCAGACAGAGAGAUGGAUUCUGAGAUACUCACACAGAGAAGUCCAGAGGCUGCCUGCCAAAGUGAAGCAGUGCUGCAUCCUCACCCCGCUCUCUGGACUGCCACCUCUGACAGACACCAUCCAGACUGCUCUCAGCCAAACAGAACCACCACUAAUCUUUGCACUUCUGUCUAUGCCCGCCUUGUCCAUGUCCCCACAUCCAGCCCUUGGACUGCUCAUAUCCCAUCCACUGCUGGAGAGGUCAUUUCUCCUCUGGAGAAAAAAAAGCGAAUGGCUCAGGCCAGCCUUAACUUGCCCCUGAGUCCUCAGAGCGAGGAUAAAGAAAGGCCCUCCGUCAUUCAGUGCUCCCAGUCUCCGGCCCGGGCUUCUUCCAGCCAGAACUGCAACUCCUCUGACGGCUCCCCGCUCCCUUUAUCCUCUUCCUCUUCCCGCAGCCCUUCCCCUUACUCUGUUUCAUCAGAGGACGUUCAAGCAGGGAAUGAAGAUAAAUCUGCAUCAGGCUCUGAACUAUCCCCUAACUGUUCCAGCUCUGCGAAAAAUACAUCUGGCCAUAGUGAGGAAAGCAAGUCUGUGAGCUGUAGUCAGAUAUCCAAAGACCCUGCAGGACAGAAUAAAGACGUUUCUCACGUCAGCUCCCAAUCCGCAGACUCGACCAAAGUCCAGAAUAUAGACUGGAAGCCAUUCCAUAGAGGGAGUGGAAAACAUUUCACCCAUCCCUUCUACCCAUCCUCCUCAUUCACUGUGAAGUCUGACUGGGCUCCAACAUCUACCUCUAGUUUCACCAAAGUUAUUCCAAAAUCUGUGCAGCUUCUGCGACCCGCUCCUAUUCGGCCAGGUUAUAAAAUCCACCAGGGCAGGUUGAUGCAGCAGGACAACUCUCUGACUUGUGCAAAGAAGCUGAACACCAUGGCUCCAUGGCUUUAUCAGACAGAGAAGAGGGAGAAAUCCAGGACAAUGCUACAAAAAGUUCCUCCCACUCAGCAGAGUCUGUCCCAUUCCACAGCCAGCCUGCCGGUAUCGUGCGUCCUGUCAAGCUACGACAAAUCAGGGAGAGACUCUCGGCACCAACCUCCAUUACACCCUGCAUUUCUCCCCAACAGAAUGAGACUACCACAAUCUCAGCUAAUGUACCAUCAUGUCCCAGUGGGUCCAACUCACUCUGCUCUCAUUGGGUCUGCUGUUUUCCCAUAUCCCUACUCCAUUCCUCUGUUCAAUCCCCAAACUGGAUAUACUCUACCUGCCAUGAAUCCCAUUUAUCCUCACAAGCUGUGAUUCUUUGUAUUUCAACUCCAGACUCCAAUAAGACAAAAAAUUUUACAUGGCAUAAGUAUGCAACACACAAAUAUUUAGGUUCUUUGGUUUCACACACAGCCAUCCCCCAGUGGGAAAUGAGUUACUGUAAUUAGCUGACUGACUGUGUUGACGUUCUGCAAACAAAACUGCACUGAAGGGAAAUGAAGUCACAGCAGCGAUGGCUAAAGAUAUUUAUAGGAUCACAGUGAAACAGCUUGAAUCGUCCAAGUGCAUCAAAUGGGCGUGUUAUUUUUAUAACCGAACCAUGUAACUCAUGUAACUCAUGUACUCAUGAAAUGUAUGUAUUCUUUUUUAUAGCUGUAGUUUGAUUAAAUACAAAACUGGUGCCUACUGAUGACCUGUAACAUGUCCAUUUGUAAAGUGAUAAAAUUAAAAUGUCUGUUAUGUA